AUGCGUCGCGUCGUAGUGACAGGCCUUGGAGCCAUCACGCCCUUGGGAGUCGGCGUAAGGCGAACAUGGACUCGUCUUAUUAACAACGAAUGCGGAAUCGUCAGCGUCGCAGAUCUCCAGCCCCAGGCACGAUGGAAAGAGUUGACGAGCACAGUCUCUGGGUUAGUGCCCAGUGGUGAUGGAGAAGGACGAUGGAGGGCAUCAGAUUGGGUCAAUACAAAUGAGCAGCGACGAAUGUCAAAAUUUACACAAUAUGCCAUCGCAGCUAGCGACAUGGCUCUUAGGGACUCUGGGUGGGAACCGAAGAACGCAGAGCAGCAGGAGGCUACAGGUGUCUGCCUUGGAAGCGGUAUUGGAAAUCUAGACGAGAUUUACGAGACCAGUUUAGUGCACCAUCAAGACGGCUACAAGAAGGUGUCCCCGUUAUUUGUUCCCAAGAUUCUUAUUAAUAUGGCCGCCGGCCAUGUGGCCAUGAAAUACGGCUUCCAGGGCCCCAACCACACGGCCACCACGGCCUGCACGACUGGCGCACACUCAAUCGGAGAUGCAGCACGGUUUAUAACCAUGGGAGACGCCGAUGUUAUGGUCGCCGGUGGUUCGGAAUCAUGUAUCCAUCCCUUGACUUUCGCUGGCUUCGGCAGAGCGAGAUCCCUGUCCACAGCGUACAACAACAAUCCUACAGCAAGCUGCCGUCCGUUUGAUGCUGACCGCAAUGGCUUCGUUGUUUCUGAAGGUGCUGCGAUGGUGGUUCUCGAAGAAUUAGAGCAUGCCAAAGCACGGGGAGCCCAUAUAUAUGCUGAAAUCAAGGGUUACGGAUGCAGUGGUGAUGCUCACCAUAUGACAGCACCACGGGAGGAUGGCCAUGGUGCAUAUCUUGCUAUGAAGAAAGCACUCAAAAGUGCAGGCAUCAAGCCUUCACAGGUCGACUACAUCAACGCACACGCGACGGCAACUCAUGUUGGCGAUAUAGCGGAAACGUCGGCCAUAAAACGGAUCAUGCUGGGCGAAGAGGGACACCAGAAAGAGUCGGAUGUCACAGUCAGCAGCACCAAGGGCGCAGUCGGACAUUUGCUGGGUGCCGCUGGAGCUAUUGAGGCUUUGUUUUGCAUCCUAGCCAUUCACGAGGGUGUUGUACCAGCAACAUUAAACCUACAGAAGCCAGAUGUUGGAGCUGCCUUCAAUUUUGUGCCAAAUGAAGCACACGAGAAGACGGUUCGUGUAGCUGUAUCCAACAGCUUUGGCUUUGGCGGUACAAAUAGCUCAUUGUUAUUUUCCAAAUAUCAAUGA